UUCACUUCUUGUCGAUAACCAAAAUGGCGGGUUGAUAUGAAACACUUGAGUUUGAAGUUUCUGUGAUGUUUUUGCUGAUAUUUCCACUCAGAAAUGACAGCUACAGGGAAGGGUAGUAAGGACAGGCGGGUGCUGACCUUGGCUGCGGAAGUAGCGGAAACAAAAGACAGAAAUGUGCCAAUUUUACUCUUAGAUUUACAAGAGAUUGUAGACAGUGUCCCUGUAGGCAGCAAGGAAGCCACCAGGAUCAAGAAUGAGAUUUGGACCUAUGACUUGCUACAGGUGCUCAUUCUGGUCCUUAAGCAGGACUUUGACAGAGUGCGAGGGGGCUGGGGGACAGCUACCAAGCUUGCUAAUCUGCUGAGCCACUGCUGUACAGGCCUAGAUCCACCAGACAGCCAGGAGUUUUACCAACUGUCACUGCCAGAAGCUGUAGAAAACCAGCUGAUGUUGAGCAGAAAAAUUCAGACAAAGUAUCUGAAAACAGAUGAGAAUAUGACAAACAUGAGAAGAGACCUGUUGGACCACUUUCGUGGUGUACUGGAGGCUGUGACAUACUUGUUUAGUGGGCAUGUGUUCCUUACUACUAAUGUGCUGAAGUCCCAGUGGCUGCUACAGUUGUUAAUCACUGAUGAUGUUGACACCGCCCUGUCCUGUAUGACACUUAUCUUGAACUGUACACGUGUCAAUAGAGAUGUAUUUAGUACCUUGAGUGAGAGACUGGUGAACAGUAUCCUGGAUGAGCUGGUGUACAAGUUAUCAGCUAGCACCAACAUGGACAUAGGAAGUGCUACCACCAGAAUUCUCCUCACCAUUUGUGAUACCAACCCUCCAAUGGUGGAACAGAUUUGUAUCAGAUACAGAGGUUUACGUCCUUUGCUUAGCAAGUGGACAGGAAAAGGUUUUGGUAAGGAUCUGAAGCAGUUGAUCCUUUUACUUGAGUCUGGCAGUGCUCAUCGGGCUAAAAUGGAGCGGCUCCACAGAGCAGCCACCACUAUACAGGCCAUGUGGAGGAGCUUCCAGACAAGAAACCAACUGAAGAAAGCAGACAGAGCAUUUGCAAAGUUGCAGAGAAGUUUUAGAAUAAAACGAGAGAGGACACAGAAGGAACGUGAAAAUGAACAGCUGCAGUCAGAACUGGAGCAUCAGUUAUUAUUGGCGAGGAGAAAAGCCAUCAGAGAAUCCAGGUUGAAACAGCUGGAGCUUCUCUCUAUAAUGCCAGCAGCCAAGUCUCAGAAGUAUCUGGAAAGUGUCCAGGAAAACGCUGCUCUCAAGAUUCAGACAUCGUGGAAGGGUCAUAGAGUCAGAAAACAGCUGACAGAGAGACAGGCAAAUAUGAAGAGAGUCAGAGCUGCAGUGGCCAUACAGAGAAAGUUCAGACACUGGUCUGCAAGAAGAGAGAGAAAGAAGAGGGAGCCACUGGCGUUCCAGCGCCCUCCUGGUCUGACAGAUGAGAGGAGGGUGGAAAUUCAACAGCACAUUACAAGGUGGAGGGAAGACCAUCCUACAAAAUGCAAGACAAGGGCUCAGCAAGAAGAAAUCCACAACAAAGCCCAGGAGCUUAUCCAGAGGAACCAGAUGUUGAACAGGGUGACACGCAAGAAACAUCUAGAGAGAGAAGCCUUACUGGCCAUGAUAGAAACUGACUGUGAUCUACUACUCAAUGCUACCAGUUUGAAAGACGUGACCGAAAAGGACAUUGAUGUGUUUAGUUCCAAGUCUGUCCCCAUAGCAACCAAAGCUAGACUUAAUCACCAGCAUGAGUUAAGGUUACUACGGCAACCAUGGUAUAGAAAGCUGGGAGAUGAGUUUAAAGAGACUGAAUAUGAGGGAGAAGAAGAGUUGUUCUAAGUCAGCUGAUGCUAUGAAAGAUGGAUUCCUCAUAUACAAAAUUAAUAUCUUUAUAAUGGAAUUAAAACUUCUGCCGUCCAGAUAGCUGUUUUAUAUACUGUAUUUCACACAGUUGUGGCCUCAACCGUGAUGAAUGUUUAGUCUUUUUUUAAGUCCUGUAUUGAAACAUUUUUUAAGCAUUCCAAAAAUACAAAACGAAUCAACUGUAUUAAUGCAUCGUUCUAGCAACAUAAGAACCACCGUACCACGCGAUGUGGGAGCUUGUCAAUGAGUUAAAACGGGGGCCACUAUUAUUUGAACUACGGCUGUGUGACAGUUUCAACAUUCUGAUAUGUGUGUAUUUAUAAUUGCUUAUGCGUUUGUUUACUUUUGAUAAAGCAAAAUAAAUAUUUUUCUUAUGUCAA